GCAAUAGCACAAAACACAGAUCUUAAAGACCGGUUACGCAGAAUACAUACCGAAUCUAUGAUCCUUGAUUCAGCAUCUAAUGCAAAAUCAAGUCCAGAUUUGGUGAAGGAAAAUUCAAGAGAAGAAAGCAGAGGUCUGGUUCACCAGGUCUCCAAUGAAAGCAGACUGUCUAUAGCUGACUCUCUCACAGAAUUUUUUGAUGCACAGGAAGUCCUGCUGUCUGCCAGCUCUUCAGAAAAUGAGGUAUCAGAUGAUGACUCCUAUGUAAGUGAUAUCAGCGAUAAUGUUUCAGAAGAUAACCUAAGCAAUGACUUGGAGAAUGAAAGGCAAACUUUAGACUGUAUUUCUGAAAGUGGCAUUGGAUGCAAUUCUAAACGGAGGACAUGUUUACCAGCUCCAUGUCCUAAUACAAGUAACAUCAGCCUAUGGAAUAUCCUGAGAAAUAACAUAGGAAAGGAUCUCUCCAAAGUGGCCAUGCCUGUGGAAUUAAAUGAGCCACUUAACACCCUUCAGCGUCUCUGCGAGGAGCUGGAGUACAGCGAGCUGCUAGAUAAAGCAGCACAUACACCAAACCCAUUUGAGCGGAUGGUGUAUAUAGCUGCAUUUGCAGUCUCUGUGUAUGCGUCUAGUUACUACCGAGCUGGAAGUAAACCCUUUAACCCUGUGCUUGGAGAAACCUAUGAAUGUAUUCGUGAAGAUAAGGGUUUCCAGUUCUUUGCAGAACAGGUCAGUCACCAUCCACCUAUUUCUGCAUGCCAUGCUGAAUCUGUGAAUUUUGCUUUUUGGCAAGAUGUACGAUGGAAAAACAAAUUCUGGGGAAAGUCCAUGGAAAUUGUUCCAGUCGGUACAACACACGUGACUCUUCCAGCUUUUAAAGACCAUUUUGCAUGGAACAAGGUGACAUCUUGCAUCCAUAAUAUCUUAAGUGGGCAAAGAUGGAUUGAACACUAUGGAGAGAUCAUCAUCAAAAAUCUUAACAAUGACACUUGCCACUGCAAACUGACUUUCAUAAAGGCAAAGUAUUGGAAUCCAAAUGCACAUGAGAUUGAAGGCAGUGUCAUGGAUAAAGCCGGGAAAGUUGUGCAUCGGCUCUUUGGGAAGUGGCAUGAAAGUUUAUACUGUGGGACACCUUCAUCUUCAAACUGCAUAUGGAGAGCAAAUCCAAUGCCUAAAGAUUAUGAACAGUGGUAUGGAUUUACUCAGUUUGCACUGGAGUUAAAUGAACUGGACAUGCAAACUAGAUCUUUACUCCCACCCACUGAUACACGUUUUAGGCCAGACCAAAGAUUUCUAGAAGAAGGGAAUAUUGAAGGAGCUGAAAUACAAAAGCAGAGGAUCGAGCAGCUACAGAGAGAACGACGAAAGGUGCUGGAGGAAAACAAUCUAGAGCAUCAGCCUAGAUUUUUCAGGAAAUCCAGCGAUGACUCUUGGGUGAGCAAUGGAACCUACAUGGACCUUAGAAAAGAACCUGGUUUUUCCAAACUGGACAAUCCUGUCCUCUGGUGA